GCUGAAAUAGCUGAACUUAAGAGCAGUAAUAACGAAUUUCUAAGAGCGAAUAGGAAAUAUAACGAGAGGCGUGAUGCUGAGAAUGCCAAACUCAAGGCCAGAAUCGAGGAGCUGGAAUCCCUAACAAUAACUCAUCUAAGUUCAAUUCGGGUGCGGUCCAUCAUGAAAAACAGUUAGAGGAGAAAGAGAUGGAUAGUUGCUUGCUCGAGGCUCAUAAGAAAAUCGUCAGCGAAGAUAUUAGGCGACGCAAUAAGGAGAAGAAACUCCAGCGUGAAUCAGCUAACCAGGAUGUUACCUUUGGUAACGCUUAUGUAUCAGAAACUGUGGUGGUUGCUCCUCAAUUGGUCAUUGCAGAUACCCCUCAGGAAGAAAUUCCCACAGUGGAUUCGAAAGUGACGCACGAUAUAAAAGCAGUUAACAGGCAUCCUGAAAAUUCAUAUGAGGAUGCGCAUCGGAUGAGUUCGGAAAUUUCGGAAAAGUUAGAAAAAACCGUUCCCUCAGGGAACGAUCAGAGUCAUGUGACUUCAGUUAAGCCAGAUCUCGAAGUAUCCAUAGAGCAAGAUGAUGAGCAGGAAUCACUAGAUAAAAAUCAAAUAAUAGAACAGGGUCUAAUACAAGAGCUGUGUGGUACCUUGCCUUUAGCGCCUUCGGCUAACACCUGUUCACCCAUAUCCAGUGAUGACAAUAUCAGCUCUACCAAUACUAAUUCCUCUUGCAAUGGAUCAGAGAAUAUGAUUUCGGGUUCUGCCCAACACUUGUCCUAUCUAUUCGAUACAGCAAUAAAGUCUGGUCAGCAGGAAAUCUUAGACUGGUAUAAUUAUUCACUUGAAUUCGAGAGCAGGGUAGAUGCUCUUACUGCUGAUGGUAGAAUCAAAGAUAAAACGGCAAGAUCAAAGAUUUACAAGGAAAUGAAACCAUUUCUCCCUGCUAAAAUCACACAAGAUAACUUGCGCAAAAAAACUCUUAGGGCUAGAAAACACCUCACACAAAAUCAAGUUGGUCUCAUAUAGCGCAACUGAGAUUUCGAAACUAACUAAUGCACAAAUCCAAAAAGUCAUAGAUCAAGUAAAAAAAUAUAUUAGUGAUCAUCAGUGUCAUGUGACUUUGAAAACCGUUCCCUCGGGAAAUUUAUUAAAUGUGAACAG